CACGAUGUACCAGGAGAGGUGGGCAAACGCAGUAGGGCUUCCUCGCUUAAAACUGUGCCAACUUUCGGUAAUUGUUCUCACUUCUGCCGCUAGGUUCUCUAGUGUUAGUGGCCCUCAGAUUUGGCGCGAAUUAUCAAAAGUAAAGCGUCUUAAUGUGUUUUUGAUAAAUUGUGUUGCGGAAUGGUUAAAUGCUUCGUGGUUGGAUGUUCUACGGGACACAAAUCAGCCAAAGAAAAUGAUGCUAAGGUAUUUAAACCACCCAAAGAAGAAAGGCAAUUCAUUUUCUGGGGUAAAAAAUUGGAAAGAAGUGACAGAAAAUUUUCUAGAAAAGAUCAUGUGUAUUCUAGACAUUUUAAAGAAGAAUUCAUCAUCAAGAACUCUGUAAAUGGUGGUGCCCUAUUGAGUAGCUGGAAAUUGAGAGAUGAUGCCAUAAGGGUGGGCUAAAAAAGGUUACACAGAAUUUUUUUUUUUAAUUUCUUGUGUGGAGAAUUUACUGAUUAAACAUUUCGAUGGAAAUGACAGCUAUAUCAGGGAUUCUUUUGAGUCGGUUAUUGAAAAAGUGUCAAAAUUCAGCUUCUACUCUGUUUGCUGCGAAACACAUCAACGUGUGACGAUUCCAUUUCUAGUCUAUGAAUACAUUGUCCUUCGUUUUCGCUUUCAAGCUAAGUUGAAAAAAAAUGAGAUGGAUGAGACCAAAAAGUCGAGUAUGCGACACAAGUCAAGAAAACUGUCCAAAUUGUGAUCAAUAUCGUAAUUUUUAUUGCAUUUUUUUUUUACAUUUCAAAAGUGAUAAAAACAAACAAGAAUUAACAAUUAUUCUGAAAAAAAUAAAUAAAUUGUAAUUGAUUUUACGUUAUUAGAAACUA